AUGGCUUACAAGGUACUGGUGCUAGCGUCGCUGGUGGGCGUGGCGUGCAGUGGCAUCAUCGGAGGACACGGGGUGCUGACGGCGGGGUCGCCGCUCGCCGUCGUGGCCAGGGGCCCCGCGCCGGUGGUGAAGGCCGUGGCGGGCACAGACACAGACUUCGACCCCAGCCCGCAGUACAGCUACGCGUACGACAUAGCGGACUCGCUGACCGGCGACAACAAGGGCCAGCAGGAGACGCGCGACGGCGACGUGGUGCAGGGCAGCUACACGCUGCUCGAGGCGGACGGCUCGCGCCGCACCGUCGAGUACACGGCGGACCCCGUCAACGGCUUCAACGCCGUCGUGCACCGCGAGGCGGCCGUGGUAGGCGGCAAGGCGGUGGUCGGCCCGCCAGCGGGGGUACAGAAGCCGGUCGGCCCCUUCGGCGUCGCCAAGGUGCCCGCCGCCGUCGGCUUCGCGCCGCUCCACACCCAGCUGUUGGUCCUUGCCGGAGCGCUGUCCGUGGCGAGCGCGGGUCUCCUGGGAGCCCCCGCCGUCGUCGCACCCGGAGCGCCACUCGCCGCCCCCGCCUACGCCGCCCCCGCCUACGCCGCCCCCGCCUACGCCGCCCCGGCCGUCGCCGUCGCCCACGCCGCGCCCGUCGUCGCCAAGGCUGCCGUCGUCGACGACUACGACCCGAACCCUCAGUACAGCUACGCGUACGACAUCCAGGACGCGCUGACCGGCGACUCCAAGGGCCAGCAGGAGACCCGCAACGGCGACGUGGUGCAGGGCAGCUACAGCCUGGUCGAACCCGACGGCUCCCGCCGCACCGUCGAGUACACGGCCGACCCCGUCAACGGCUUCAACGCCGUCGUGCACCGCGAGCCCGUGGUGGCCGCCAAGGCUGUCGUCGCCGCCCCCGCCGUCGCCAAGGUGGCUGCCCCGGUCGCCUACGCCGCCCCCGCGUACGCGAAGGUGGCCGCCCCCGUCGCAUACGCCGCCCCUGCGUACGCCGCCCCUGCCGCCUACGCUGCUCCCCUGCACACCAAGGCCAUCCUCGGCUAA